CCGAAUCCCUUUCUCAGCCUUGGAAGGAGGCUCGAUCACUUUCGUUUCUGCCUCGGCUCCGCUCCCUCUCCCGGCGCGUUUUAACUCCGGCCCCGAGCAGGAGCGCGCGCGCGAGGCGGGCGGAGAAGCGCUUUGCCCAGCGGCGAGCCGGACGUCCUCCGCGCUUCUCCGCGAUGGGGAAACAGGUCCCCGACGUCUGCGGCCCCUCGUCCCCAACGGGGAAAUGGCAGGCGGACAGAAAGGGCAAAUGUUGCCACAAAGGCAAGAAAGUGACCCUCCUGUGCGCCGUUAUCUUCGCCUUCCUUUUGGUCUUCUUCCUCGUUUUCCUGGGCUUAUACGUGGAGCUCUUCUCUUCGGACCCGGUCGGGCAGCUGAGCGAAUGCCGCGGGGAGUUGCAGGAGCAAGCCGCCCAGAUGCGGGCCAGCAACGCGUCUCUGGGGAAGCGCGUGGAGGAGACGGAGGGCGACCUGGAGAAGGCGAGGGCCGAGAGGGACGGGCUGCGAGCCCAGCUGGCGGCCACCAACCAGAGCCUCGCGAAGACCAGCGCGGACUGGGGCUCCUGCCAGGAACAGCUGAAAAGCUUGGAAAAAACAGUCACAUCCCAAGUGACGGAAGCUGUCCAGCGAGAAGUAGAGAAAUAUAAAUUAGCUGAAGAGCAGAUUAACCAGCUUAAGCAACAACUCUCCAACUUACAGCAGGAUCUGAAGGACACCCAGCAGAAGAAGGAGCAACAACAGGACACCAUCAAUCGCCUGCAGGAGCAGCUCAUGAAUCAAGCUGUGGGCCGUUCCAGCGGAGGCCUUCUCCUUGGCCCCUCCACAGUCCUCCUCCUCCUUAUCCCUGCUGGACUCCUCCUGUAGUCCAUUUGGACUCGGCGGCCACGUUUGGGUGGUGGGCAAGUGUUGAGGCUCACCCUACUUUCUCUGCAUAACCAGACCCGUUCCUCUGCAUGAGGUUUUGGAGACUUCGGAGGCUCUGCCCUUUGCAGGACAAGAACCUGAUAAAGAUGCCAGACCUGGACAUUUAUCUACUGUGACAAGUCAGAUUUUGGGCACAAGCACAGGAGCUGCCAGAACUUGUAUCAUGCUGCACUGUUACACAGACCUUUGCAAAUAAAGCUUAAAUCUUGA